AUGAAUGCUGACAAAUAUAUGUCGCUAGUGGCAAAAUGUACCGGGGCUAAAAGAGUGAAUUUUACAAAAAGGAACUCUUACACAGCUAGGGCCUACGCCGCAGCUAUAUCCCAUUCCAGAGGUCCAGGUUGGCAUGUGGAAGCUUCAUGGAAAAAUAAUUUUUCGACAGGGCCCACGACAUCCAAGUGCCUUGGUACUCUCUACUCUGUAUUGGAAGCAGAUAACCAAGGACACUUGUGCCCCAUGGGUUUCCUUUUACAGGCCUCCAAGCUGUUCUACAAGCAUCAUCAGCUGUACAAAACUAUUGAAGGCGGUGGUGAUAACGGAAUUUCCUCCGCAAAUCUCUCCCAGAAUGGAUUCUGA